AUGUGGUAUGACGCGGAAAAGCCAUUUGUAGUGCACAACCGCGUCAAGGUGUUAUGUUUCUCUCAUAAAUAUGUAUAUUGUUUUACACAGACUAAUUUAUGGUUAUUUACUAACAAUAAUUAAUGGCGAGUGAAGUGUUUGUUUGUGUUUACCGUUUGUUUAGAAACAAUCCUUAUUGGGCAAACUGUUUUGCACAACAUUCAACAGAUUUCGGCUUUUUUAUUCUUUAAAGAUGGAUCCCAAACAUAAAAAGUUGCUUCGUUCUCAGCGGCUGCAGUUGGCCGAUGAGAUUUUAGUGGACGACGCGAUCGUUCAGUAUUUAUAUCAGGAGGACAUCUUAACACUGAGCCAUUUAGAGGAAAUUCAGUGCGAGUCAUCUAACAGAAGGAAAGUGUUCAAGCUGCUGGAUAUUCUACCCACGCGCGGCUCGCGCGCUUUCCAUCAUUUUAUCAAAUCUCUAGAGAAAGAGUUUCCCUGGAUCAAAGACUCUUUACUGCAACUGUGUGACGAAAAAGACAGCGAGCAUCCUCCGCCCUUCACAGGUCAAUGUGGCCUUCCUGACCACAUCCUUUCGACAGUCCCAACCACACAGCAUCUGAACCAUCUGGCUGCAUGUCUCGGUCCCGAGUGGAAGUCGGUCCUGCUGGACCUGGGCCUUUCCUCGGCAGAUCUGUAUCGCUGCUGUGCCGACCACCCCCUUUCGAUUCAGAGCCAGGUGCUGGCUGGUCUUGUGAUGUGGACGCAGAGGAACGGAAGAAAGGCCACGGUGCAACGGCUGCUCCAGAGCCUGCAGGCCGCAGAUAUUCCACCGUCUGUCCUUCAACAGGUGUUUGUGUGAUGACACAUCGCAAGUAACAUUUGAGAAGAAUCUAUGACUAUGUUGUUUUUUAAUGUUAAAAUAUUUUCUAGCUCCGAUUAAUGUGCAGGGAUACCUAUAGCCAAUCAUAGUUUUAUCUUAACCAAAUGGAAAUGGGCAGAAUCUGGGAAAACUAGUUUGACCCCUUCCAUUUCUGGGGUUAAAAUGAUUGAAAACAUUGAUAAUGAUUAUUGAAAAUAUGUUGAAUAACAAUGGAUUUACAUCAAGUUAUUAAAAAACUCAAGGUGCCAAUAUUUGCCCAGCGCUAACACUUGAUGUAAUCUGUGUUGGAAACCAUGUACCUUGUUGAUUUAUGCGAUUCAUGUGCGGUCAAAUAUUUGACUUCUCAUUCAAAACGGGGCUGCUCUGCCCACCCCUUCCACCCAGUAAUAACUCUCUUGUGAAACUGAAACGCCACGUUUUUUUUUAAGGAAGUGUCAGUGUUGUUUUCAUGAGGCCUGUGCAAAGUAUCUGUCGGUCUGGGUUUGUGUGUAUUUAAUGUUGACAACACUAUAAAUAAUGGCUUGUCUGGGCAACUGAUCUUAUUUUUACCGGAUAUAUGUUAAUGCCUUUUGGCUAAACGCUCUGGUUUCUCAGGAACUAAAACAAAAAUGUGAUUUGGAAGGGCGUAGAGUUGGCCAGAUUCACAAACAUAUUUGAAUUCCAUGUAACUUGGACUGCAGAUUAAUCAUAAUAAUAUGUGCAUUAAUAAUGUAACGUUGCGUAUUUGGUCUUGUUUUUGGCAUGUGUUUUUUAAGUUGUAAUCGACUAAUUUAUGUAUUGUAAGAAAAGUAAGAUAGUCUACUAUUAAGAUAAAAACAAUUAGGGCUGUCAAAUGAUUAAUCACGAUUAAUCGCAUCCAGAAUAAAAGUUUGUGUUUACAUGAUAUACUGUAUGUCUGUGUACUGUGCCUUUUGAAUUUAUAAACACAUACAGAAUGUGUACAGUACAUAUUUAGGAAAUAUUUACAUGUAUUUGUUUAUAUUUACCAAUAAUUUACAUUAUAUUUAAAUGUUUAGUAAUUUUGAUAUUCUUCUUAAAUAUAUGCAUGUAUGUGUAUGUUUUUAUAAAUACAAAAUUAAUAUACACAGUACCCAGACCAAUUUACCAAAUGCUAUUUAUAUUUUUACACAAUAUAUCACUUACGUUUUCCAAAUAAUUGAUCAUCAAUGUUUCCAAAUAACCCACUCUCUUGCAUUUGUUUAUUUCUAACAGCUGCAGUUUUUUCCCCUCAAUCUGUCACUGGCUGUUUUUAUUCAUUGCUGUUUACAUAAAGUGCAAUCAAUAUUUACAGAU